GACCAGGAUCCAUAUGCACAGUUACUAGCAGAGAACUAUGAAAGAACAGUUAGUGACAGUUCAUUUAUAUCAAAAUUUCGAUGACAUUUGACUGGUAAACAAUGUAAUCAAGAAGGGAGAGGGGAGGGGGGAGAGAGAUUAUCCAAUCAAGGAUUGUCAGAAACACAUGGCAAGCAAUUUACAAUUUGUUUUUUUUGUUGAGGCGCACCAUGGCAGCUCGUUCAAGCUACAAUGAGGAGAGGAACCUCCUUCGCAUCCAAGAGCGGGAGCGGCGGAAUCAGGGAAACUUCCAGGAAAAGGAGUUCUACCAGGAGACCGUUCCCCUGUUCGGGGAACCCUAUAAGACGAACAAAGGAGAUGAGCUGUCCAGCCGUAUCCAGAGGAUGCUGGGUAGUUAUGAGGAUGUGAACAAUCCCAACACUCACCAGUGUUUGGACAGCAGCUUCUCUAAGGAGCCUCAAUCUCAUGCCACCACAAAGUAUGGGCGGCCAUCUCGCAGCCGAGACCGAGCGAAGCCUCCAUUCCAGAACCCUCCUCAGUACGGGGCAAGCCAGAGCCAGAGUGGUGGUCCGCCCCGUGGUAGCCACUCUGGCCAGCCUCUGAAGAAGAACCACGUUCCUUCCUCCUCCUACACCCAGUCCUCCCUGAGUCUCAGCCAGGGCCAGGCCUGCCCAGACCCACACCAGAGAAAGACUGAGCUCUGGCCAGACCUGAGGGAGUGUGCCAGUCUUCCUCCAGUCCUCUCCGCCCUGUCCCCCCCAGCCGAUCCCCUAUCCCCCCUACAUUCCAGUGACCCCAGCGACUCUGAACACCAGGACUCCCCCCUGCACCCUGAGAGGCACCCGGCCUCUCCCCUACACCCCGACUCACACUUCCCCAUGGUGUCCCCCCUGGAUGACCCCCAGAGAGACAUCCCACCUCCGGCCAUCGAUGGGGCAACCCUACCCUCUCAGACCUUCCCUCCACCACUGGCCUCCAAACCCAACCUGGUUAUGCCCCAGAAGCCAACAGCCUAUGUCCGGCCCAUGGACGGCCAAGACCAGGUGACCAGCGAGUCUCCGGACCUCAAGCCCUCUCCAGAAGACUUCCAUGGGCAGUCUUAUCAUGAACCCUUACCAGACUUGAAAAGCACCAAGCCCAGCCUUUCCAAACUGAAGAUACCAUCACAGUCUAUAGAGACGCUGUCACAUGAAGCUGACUGUGUGGAAGACAUUCUGAGGGAAAUGACCCACUCCUGGCCUCCUCUCCUGACUGCCAUCCAGACGCCCAGCACAGUUGAGCCCUCCAAGUUCUCCUUCCCAGUCAAGGAAGCACAGCAUGUCCCACCUGCGUCUCCAGGACAAAAACACUAUGGAUCACCUCCACUAGCCCCGCCCUCCAUCUGUCAACAGAGCUCAUGUACGGUUACAGCAGCACAUUCCAGUGGGGUGGAGUCAGCCAGCUCCAGUGACUCUGAGAGCAGCUCAGGGUCAGAGUCAGGCAGUGAGAGCGGUGAGAGUGGGACAGAGGCCCCCCCACAGCCCCUCAGGAGUAGUAGCCCACCUGUGACAAAGGCGGAGGGCCCCGUGGUGACUAACUGGCAGUUGAACAACUGGAUCAGAGUGAGCCAGCAGAACCCCAGCACAGAGAGCCAGAGUGACACUCUACUGAGCCCUCUACCCAAACAGCAGCAGAGCCAUGAGGAGGAGGCCAUUCCUCCCAGGGACUACAAAUCCCACACACCCCCACGUCGCUCAGAGUUCAGUGACGGCGAAGCCAAACCUCAACGCAGUGAAGAAGCUGCCCACAACCAGCAUGUCCAACACAAGUCCCCGGCCGCCUCGCACGUUGGGAACAGCAGCAACAGCAGCAGCCAGAGAAAGACCGUGGGGAACAAACACCCCUCCAGACCAGCCAAGGCUCCCCGACCUGAAGACCCUCAGGCUGGGUUACAGGUGGAGAGUGUGGAGGUGGUCCCCCGUGACAAAGACACCUCGUUCACAGACAAGCCAAAGGUCAAAACGAAAACCGGCCACAGCAAUAGCAAGAGCAGCGGAGCCAAAACAAACAGCAGGAAGCCUGCCAAGCGUGGCACCGCUGAGAAGAAGACCGAACAACCAGAGUCACAGGGUGGCCCCAAGGUCACUCUGGUGCUGGACUGUAAGCGGGAGAAGUCUCCUAGUCCCAGUCCUGCCCAGGAGGUAGACCAGCCAACCCCAGCUGUGGUGAAGACCAUCAGUGUCAGGACGGAGACCCUCCCGGCCCCUCAGAAGGGCCAAAAGAAGCCCCGGCGCCACUCUCUAGACCCAGCACACAAGGCCAAGCGGGAGUCCUCAGCCAAAGCUUCCAGGGUCUGCCAAGGUCCUCCACGGGCCCUGCUGGUAAAGAUAGAAUUGAGCCUGCUGUCCAGGGUUCCCUCCCAGGGCUCCAGGCCUUCUUCAGGGGGACAGGAGCCAGCCAUCAGGAAGGGACCCAACACGGCCCCCGAGAGGGGGGACACCAACCCCGCUGCCCCCAUCCCUACCAAAGUCUGCAAGAAGAGACCGGCUGAGAAGGAUGUGAAAACCGUGCCAAGGAAGAAGCCAAAGCUGCAGAAAGAUCUUAAACCCUCCACUUCAGGUCCUGGUUCCCGCAAGUCUGAGACUGAGAAGAAGCGGUCUAAGGGGGCUCCUGUCCCUCUGCUGCAGCCCACCGCCACUCAGGACCCUGGGAAAGGGCAGGGGGGCCACAAACGGCAUGCGGUGGAUGCCCCAGAGCCUAGCACAGCAUCUGCAGCCCACCGCAGGGACAGGGAGGCCUCCACACCUGUCAAGCACAAGAAGAGCACUGGAAAACAACGCACAGAGCAUGCCAAGAAAGGCCUCAAGAGCAGCGUUGCCUUCUCCGUGCCUUCCCAGCCCACCGGGGCCGCCCUGUCCUCCAGACCCCUGCUCCAGUUCGAAGAGCGGCAGCAGCCAGUGGAGUAUCACAUGAAGGAAGCCAAAACACUCAAGCACAAGGCAGAUGCCACGCCGGAUAAGGUGGGCAAAGCUUUCAACUACCUAGAUGCUGCCAUGUCCUUCGUGGAGAGCGGCAUCGCUAUGGAAACCGAUCCCCAGACCCCGAAGUCGGCGUAUACAAUGUUCGCUGAAACCUUGGAUCUGAUCAAGUUCAUACUGAAACUAAAGGGCUCUGUGAACCCCUCGGCUCCUGCUACAGACAAGGACUUUACAGUUUUAUGCAUGAGGGGCCUGUCCCUUCUACAGAUGGCCAUGUUUCGCUACAAACGAGAAGCAGCACUUAAGUAUUCAAGGACCCUGACAGAUCAUUUCAAGAGUUCUAUAAAGUCUGCAACCCAGGCUCCUUCACCAUGUGUCUCAAAAAGCACAGGUACCCCAUCCCCCAUGUCUCCCAUGCCGUCUCCUGCCAGCACAGCCAGUUCUGGGCCGGGCUCCAACCACAGCAGCGGGGCGGGGGCAGGCACCGUCAGCACCGUGGCCAUUCCACAGGUCAUCCAGCAGGUGGCGUCUUCCUACGUCAACAUCACGGCACUCUUCCUGAGUGCUCACGACAUCUGGGAGCAGGCUGACGAGCUGGCCCACAAAGGCAGUGGUUUGUUGUCUGAGUUGGACUUGGCUCUGGGCCCGUUGAGCCUGACGUCCACCAUGAGCUCUUUGGUGCGUCACACACGGCAGGGACUGCAGUGGCUCCGACUGGACACCCGUGAGGCACAGUGACCGCUUCUCAGCCCUGCCCUGUCGACAAUGCCUAGCCCAGCCCUGUCGACAAUGCCUAGCCCAGCCCUGUCGACAAUGCCUAGCCCAGCCCUGGAUUUCCCAGCCCUGGCUUUCCCUGUCCGCGACAUCCUUCUUGGUUUUAUUUAUUGACCGGGCCAUCAGAUGAAUGCAGGAUCCCAAGUCCCUCUACAAGUUGUUCACAUGGAUACCAAGUCACCUUUUUUCUCUCAACUACAUAUAUCUAUAUAAAUAUAUCUAUCUCACACACACGGAUUACAUGCAUUUUUGGGUCCCUGUCCUCUGUUGGUCACAUUGAAGGGUCCAUCAACAAACAACUAUCACAUCCUCUGGAGCUCAGGGGGGGCUGAUGGAGGCGGAGCUGAAUAGGACUUCCUCCCUUUCUCAACAACGAGCCACACAGCCAGCUUACUUGCCCUGCCACCCCUCUAGGGGUCAGUAGGGGUGUCUCCCCGUGGCCUGCCCCACCCCUCUGGGGGUCAGUAGGGGUGUCUUCCCAUGGCCUGCUCAACCCCUCUGGGUCCUGUCUGUCUUGGAGGUCCCUGCGGGAUGGUUGUCUGAAGAUACCUGCUUUUUUUGGUUGAGGUUCAGAGAGGCCUCUCACCUUUCUCCUGUGGUAAUGCAAAGCAGUAAUGACAAAAGCUUAUUUAUUAGCCUCAUUAUCAUGAUCUUUAUUAUUAUAUCACUUUAAAUAUAUUGUUUCAAUUAAGUUUUUUUUUUUUUGAUUAAAAGCGUUGAUAUGGCCAAUUGUUUUACUUCACAACCAACUAAAAAGUCCUAUAGAAGUGAAGGGAUCUAUCCAUCCAAGACACGUCUAUAAUAAUACUGUUUGAAUUCGGCAGGAUAUAGUUAGUAUGUCUCUGCUGUACCAUAAAGUAUUAUAAAGUGACUAGAUGCAUUGUCCUGAAAUAUGGGACGUCGGUAUUCUUGAAUGGAGACAGAUAGUCCUUGAUGCUUUUUUUUGUGAAGAUAUAUUAUUAUUAUUUUCCCCCCAUUGUUCUCUUCAAAAGAGAUGGAUUCUACGUGCCAGGGCGGGUCCACUAUGUUCAAUCAGUCAUAACAGAAAUAGGAUUUGAGUUGGAUUUUGUACUUGCUUUUCCUUUUUUGUCAACAACUGCUCAUCUAAGACAUUUUAGAUAAGAAAACGAAAUGGUCUGAUUUGACCAGUAGCCCUGGUCUUUACUCUUCAGACAGGAAGCAGGAAGUAACUACCUCAUCUUCACUGCACAUGGGAAGCAGAGCAACGCUGUCUGAUGGAGAGAGAGAGAGGGAGGGGGAGACCUGUGGCCUAAUGUGAUGGUUGAGAGCGUUUUCUCUAGUUCUGUAAUCUAUCCAGCAUACAUGCUUUUUAACACUCAGGCUGAAGCUGCGCAUCAAACCAGUUUUUAUACAGACUUGGCGUCGUUCAGUAGAAAUAAAAGUGCCUUAGAUGGGUUUUUUUUAAGGACACUUGCCAUCUGUCUCCCCAAACGGAAUACUUAGUGAAUAUAGCGUCAUCUUGUAUUGAUCUUUGACAAAGCAAGUCCCAUUUAACUGAAGUCAAAAAGUGGAUUUAGUAUGUGGGUAGGAGUUUUGAAAAGCAGGAUACUCUUCCCUUUACGAGCAGCCGUGACUGUUGGAAAUGAUUCACUGUAGGACUGGCAACCUGUGAGGGAGCGUUGACUGGCUGUUUAGUUUACAUCCUUUGACUGUAGGACUGGCAACCUGUGAGGGAGCGUUGACUGGCUGUUUAGUUUACAUCCUUUGCCCUAGCUCUGGUGUCACAUACAAUUAACGGCCCAUGUCAUUAGAAAAUAACACUUAUCAACACAUCUAAAUGAUUGCUGGGUUGUUGGUAGUCGAAAAUACAGUUUUAUGUACCACACAGGUCAGCAGAAGUGACUGGGCAAAUGAUUGGCUAAAUCUUACAACUGGUCUUUGACCCUAUUGCCCAUUUUUAUCUCUUCCGUACCUAUCACCACCAUUUUUAGACCACACAACUCCCUAGAUGACAAGAUGUGCGUCCCAAAUUGCACCCAAUUCCCUAUAUAGUGCACUAUUUUUUUGUUUUUUUUGUUGACCAAGUAGUCUACUAUAUAGGGAACAGGGUCCAAUUUGGACAAAGACUGUCUUUUAGAGGAGUAUUAAUUUUUAUCAUGGACAUUUAUCUUCAUUGUGUGUGUGUUCAGCACCGUCUAUUCAUUGAGAUCAAAUAUUACCAGACCUAGACGAUGCCUUUCUGUAGAAUGAAUUGACAUAAUUUCCCUUUAAAGCGCCCUAUUCAAUUUCUGUAGAAUGAAUGACUUGGUAUUUGUUUUUCUGAUUUAAAAAAAAAAAGGUGAGGGUUUGAUGGUAUUACAAUUACACACUUGUAUUUGAUUAAAUCAGUGGUUUAUUUCAUGUUUAACAGAUGUUAUUGAUGGCGAAAUACUAGCGAUCCUUAUGAUUUUGUAUCAGUCAAUCAAUAUUCUGAUAUUUAAGCCUAUACAACCCUGCCUCUCUCUCAUUUCAGCAUUAACACAAGGCUUACAGCAAGAUAACAAACCAACGUGUGUCAUUUGCACUUGUUUCAGUGUAUUUUUCGGUUUCCUCCAGGGUUGGAGUCCUCUUGCUUGUUGUAAAGGCUUUGGUUAAGAGCAAUAAAACAGGGUGGUGAAUGCAAAAUGAUACAUAGAACAUGAAUAAAAUACUGUUUUUGAUGAAAGAUUGGAGAUUGGUUUACAUCACCAUGCUUUGCUUAAAAUUGACUAAAUCUGUGCCGUUUAGUUAAAUGAAUUGUUUUAUUGUUACUAUACUGUAAAAAAAGAAAAGAAAAAAAUUGGAGCUCACUGGAAAAGCUAUUUCUAUUGGCGUACAAAUAUAUAAGGGCUGCACAUGAAACCAUAAAAGAAAAAUGCGUUUGUAUUUAUUUUAUCACAAAUAUGAACCGUAUGAAUAGACUAUACUGGUACCAUGGCUUUUUUUUUAUAUAUAUAUAUAUAUAUAUUUAAAAAAUCCCCCCUCAAGUAGGCUGCUUUGUAAGUAAUCAAUCAUACUUUGAGAUACCCAACUUGGAUGUCAAACUGCACAUGAAAUGAAAUGUUGUCCUGUUUUGAGAUGACAUUCUACAUUUUGUACUGACUAAAACGUUGCUCUGGUUUCUAUGUCAUGUUACAUGUCCUUUUUCAUAUUUUUGAAGCUUUAUUGUCAUGCUUCAUUUCAAUCUUUUAUUUUUGCGCUUCAGUUCUAGGUAUUCUGUGUGCAGAAUUAUCAUUAUUGUCCGUAAAUAUAUGAUAUCGCGCUAAAAGGAACAACACCACCUUGGUCAUUUACUGGGAAAAUGUGCAGAAAUCUUUUGUAAUUAAACUUUUUUGCCUUGUGGAAAUAUGUAAAUAGUUUGAGCUGCAAUGUACAGAGAUGUAUAAAGACUGAUUGACAAUGAAUUUUGGUUUUCUUUUGACUCAAGUUUUCCCAAAGAUGCUGUUUUGCAGACAUUUUGUAGCUUGGCUGCUGAAGAUGAAUUGUGGCUCAACAGUAUAUUCAGACCUCUGCACUGUAAAAUGUUUGAGGCAAUAAACUUUGGGGGACAAUG